AUGCCUGCAAUAGCCGACUCCUCUACAAUGAAUCUCCCAGUCGAGGUCCUCGUUCUAGUCCUCAAAGAAAUUUCCGACGUAGGUAGUCUUUGGUCGUUCAUCCGGACCUCAUCCCACAUCUACCGUAUCUUCCAGGAGCAGCAAGCAUCAAUCCUGCCGCUGGUGAUAUCUCGUGAGGUUGGGCCACAGUUAAUGGGAGAGGCUCUAGCGGCUCUUCGGUCAUCGCGUCUGGUAUCUUACGAUGAGCCUCAAGGAAAUAAUAGCUGGAUACCGCGGCGAGGUCCCUCUAAAUCAGAGGCCUUUGCAUGGAUUAUGGAAUACGAGAAUGUUAUAAACAGAGAAGAUGUACCUCCUCCAUCUACAGAGGAUACAUUAUCGUUAUGGGACUUGCACAAAGAUGUCAAGUUCCUGGCCGAUCUUUACGUCGGAGAAGCCUUGGAUAUAUUCGAUCAGGCAUACAUAGGCCAGAAGCCACGAGACGCAAAAAUUCGGUACACGCUCAACGACCUCUCGCAUAUCGAGCAACAACGUCUUUUCCGACCAAUCUAUCGUGUCGUAAUAUUCCGCAACUUAUUUGGUCCCUACGCGGACCCAGCUUCCGAUGAAGAGCAGUCAGAGUACUUUCUAUGUCGCUUUCCUAGCUGGCAGGUCGAAGAGAUCAGUUGUGUAAAUGAUUUCAUACGAGACGAGAUAUUACGAAAAUGGCACGAGUUGGAAGAUUAUGUAUUCCAGCGUGUGUCCGCUGGCAUGGGGUUGCAAGAUGCUGCUGAGUUCGUGGAUGGUUGGGAAAGAGAAUUCUUUUCGCAAGAUCGGAAGCAGGUGUACUUUCAAGGCCAACAAGCAGUAUCCAUAAAAUGCCUCAGAAGGCUCUUUGAGGCAAAAGAUAAUGUUCUAGAGGCUUUGGUACGGCAAUUUGAACCACCAGAUGACUUGGGAUGUUCGCUGCUUGAAGACGCCUUACUUGUCGAUCCAGCACACUUCCCAGUCGAACUGGAAGGCGACGAUUUUAGAGGCGAUGCCUAUAUGGACUAUCGGGCUGGAGACGCUCCUUGGUUCACCAAGGAAGAUUUUUCGUCGUUCAAUAUAUUCUGGCAAUGGUCCAAUCAGUGUGAUCCGAGGAUUGGGAUAUACUAUGAUAGCACGUCUGCCUAUCCGGACAAGAGUCCGGAUUUGGAGGGGUUUCGACGCGUGGGGUAUGUGUUCUGGGACCAGGUGCGCAGCGAGAAUAUGCACAAUAGUUGGCCUUGCUCCCGAGGAUCUGGGGUGAAGAUCAUGGAAGACUUCCCACGACCGCAGUUAGAGGAUCAGGAUGUGGGUAUGAUAGAAAAACUCAAAUAUUUGAAGGCCAGUGGCGACGAACAAGAGUUCAGCAACAGUGAAAUUGUAUCAUAG